UGAAUCCAGGAAAGUAUAAAGCAAAUAAAUCAUUUAAACCCAGGUUAAAAUUCUGUGAAGUUGCAAAUGAAAGUUAAGAUACAUAAAUGAGAAAGAUUGUAAUUAGUAUUUCAGCAUAAAUUAAUUAUCUUCCUUGAGUCUUCUAUAUUUUUCUUGAGUUGUUCUGUGAAAACUUACAAAAAAUAUAGAAUAUUUGAUUAAUAUCUGACAAAAUUUCAUGUGUUCUUGCUUUUUCUGAAGGAAAUAUUGGAUUGCUCUGGAUACGGAAAUGGAUCUUGCCCGGAAAAUGAAAGGCCACUGGGUGUCCGAGCUGCUAUGUAUUCAUUUAUGGCCGCAGCCAUAUUCAUCACGGUGUUUGGCAACCUCGCCAUGAUAGUAUCCAUUUCCUUCUUCAAGCAGCUUCACACACCAACCAACUUCCUCAUCCUCUCCAUGGCAGUCACUGACUUCCUCCUGGGGCUCACCAUCAUGCCCUACAGUAUGGUCAGAUCGGUGGAGACUUGCUGGUAUUUCGGGCUUACAUUUUGCAAGAUUCAUUACAGUUUUGACCUGAUGCUUAGCAUAACGUCCAUUUUCCAUCUUUGCUCUGUGGCUAUUGACAGAUUUUAUGCUAUCUGCUACCCUUUACGUUAUUCCACAAAAAUGACGAUUCCCCUCAUCAAGCGAUUGCUAUUUCUCUGCUGGUCGGUUCCCGGAGCAUUUGCUUUCGGGGUGGUCUUCUCGGAGGCCUACGCCGACGGGAUUGAGGGCUACGAUAUACUGGUGGCCUGUUCCAGUUCCUGUCCAGUGAUGUUCAACAAGUUAUGGGGGACCACCUUGUUCAUGGCCGGGUUCUUCACUCCUGGGUCUGUGAUGGUGGGGAUUUAUGGCAAGAUUUUUGCGGUAUCAAGAAAACAUGCUCGAGCAAUCAAUAGCUUGCCCGAAAAUCAAAAUAAUCAAAUGAGGAAAGACAAAAAAGCGGCCAAAACUUUAGGAAUAGUGAUGGGCGUUUUCUUACUAUGUUGGUUUCCCUGUUUUUUCACAAUUUUAUUGGAUCCCUUUUUGAACUUCUCUACUCCUGUAGUUCUGUUUGAUGCUUUGACAUGGUUUGGCUAUUUUAACUCCACGUGUAAUCCCAUAAUAUACGGUUUCUUCUAUCCCUGGUUUCGCAGAGCACUGAAGUGCAUUUUACUAGGUAAAAUUUUCAGCUCACGUUUCCAUACUACUGAUCUGUUUACUCAAAAAGAAACUGAAUAGACUUGUGUAUGAGUGAAAUGAGGCAAAAGCACAGGAAUGUAGAAGAAUAAAGUCACUUAAAGCAUGUGUA